UGGGAGGUAAAGCCAAACAAUAAAAACCCGGCGUUCGGUGGCUUUUACGCCUCCUGCACCCCAUUCCGCCUCCCCCAUCAAAAGACUAAUGCCAAGCCUUUUGACAUAUGGCGGCGCCUGACUCUGGUUAUCGGGGCCAAUGGACCCUGCACACGGUCCGUGUCGGUCGGGUCGUUUGGAAGCGAGUAUCCUCUGAUCUCUGGGGCAGAGGAAAAGCAGCUCAGGACGUCAGACGAGGGGGUCCGGUGGGAACGAGGUCGACGACCCCCUUUAUUUUUUUUCUUUUCAGAAGUUCAACUUCUCAAGUCAAACAUAUGAGGGGCCAUUUUCCGACGGCCGCUAAAACUUGCGCUCUGCCGCCAACAUACCCGCAACCCAACGCUAGCUGGCAUGUAGUACCUCCCCUUGUCCAAAAGCAGUCCCCGUAAUCGAGCAAGGAAAGACGGCGGGCCCCGUAUAUUUGCGUGACACGGAGAGGGGACGGAGGAAAGAUUGGAGGUCAAAGAGUUGUCCAUUCCUCCUCAUUCACAUGCAUUAGUGACGAUUUCUUUC